GAAAGCAGAGCCCUCUGAUAACACUCUCAUUCACUCCAUCAACCUAUGCAUACAGAGACGUACACAUACAGAGACGUGUAUAGUGAGAGAGGAAGAAUAAAAAAAGCAAGUUGGGCUUUGAUUCUGCUGCUGAAGUUGCAAUUGAGAAGUUCCAAUUCUAUGGAUCUUGAAUUUUUUAGCUGUAUUAGUAGCGUCAGCUUCCACUAUAAUUCUUGUACUAGCUGUGGUUGUAGUUACACGUGUUCUUAUUCAUCAGCAACCUUGUCUUUGUCUUCCUUUGGUUUUGGAAGUUCUCAUUCAAUGCCUGUCAAGGCCUGUUUUUCCAUUAACUUACUCUCCCAUUCAAUUCCCAAGCCUUUCUCUUCAUCAUAUUUGGCAGCAGAGAAAGCCUGAUUCUUGAAUUUUUUAAAGCACCCUUUUGUUCUUUUUUUCUGAUUUUUGGGUUCAGCGAACCGGUACUGAUCUUUAGACUCUUGAGCCAAAUACCAGUAUUAAGCCACCGCUUCGUACUUUUUUCUUGAAAAGUUUAGGCCUUUAUGCUCAGUUUUCAACAAAAUUUUCGCCUCUAUUCACCUACCCUUCUAUUAUUUCUUUCAAGAAAAUGCUGGGUGUCUCGUCGCCUGGGGUGAACCAUAAGCAGAGGAUGAUGGUGAUGAAUGGUGGGGUGAAUGCUUCGUCAAGAGCUAUGCCUGCGCCUGCGCCUGUGGUUAUGGCUUCUCUGGGAACUUGUGGCAGGUAUGAAUUUGAUGGCCGAAAAGGAUGUUGGAGUGUUUAUGGAAAAGGGAAGAUGAACAAUUUAACUGCUACGACUCGAAUUGCUGCACUUGAGAAAAGGAGAAUGAGCAUUUCACCUGCUUGUUCUGCUUUGGCAGAACCCCGGAAUUUGUCUAGAGCUAGCUUUUAUAAGGAGGUUCUUGAAGCUGCUAGGGAAAAAUUUACCCAGGAGAUAUCUAUCCAGUCUAAGGACAAAGAUAUCUCUCUUGCAAAGGCUUUACUUUAUGUCGCUGUUGAAGAUGAGGCAUUUUUGGCUUUCAAUCGGGAGAUAGAUGCUCUUUCACUCCAUAAUGAAAGGAGAGACACACCAUCUCCAUCCAAUGUCAAAGAGUGGGACUGCAUGGAGGCUGUACCUUUGGCUGGAAAGAAUAUAUGUGAGUGGCUGGUUGAGUUGGAUGCCAUUGCAAAGGAAGUCGAAGCAGAGAUCGUCUCAAGAGAUAUAGGAUGUGAUCUGGUAGAAGUUAUAGAUGCUGUGAACAAAGUUCUCUUUGAGUCGAGAGGUUUCAAAAGGUCAUCUGUAUUGGUAGAUUCUAAGUGUUUAUACUUGCACUCUGUAUUAAGCUCUGGAUGUGCCAGUGCAAUUUUAGUAAGUGUUAUCUAUAUUGAGGUUUGUCGAAGACUUAAUCUGACUAUUGUUGGAUCUCGAAUUGGAGGAGAAUUUUUUAUAUGGCCCCUAACAGGGAACCCUGAGGAGCUAUUCAAAGUAACUUCUGGACAUAGCUUGUUCGGGGCUGUCAAUGGGAAGUGUGUGGAAGACCUCCGGUCUAUGGCCUCAGACAUAAAUAGUAAUUCACUUUUAGGGCUCGACAUUGCAACAAACCGGGAUAUCAUUGGGGUUGUUUUGUGCAAUUUGAUUAGGCUUCACUGGAAACAGGCUUCAAGAACAAAUUAUGGACUGAUGUUGGUUUCACCACUUAGGUCUGUUCAUAAAGUUGACCAGAAAUUUAACAAGAAAGAUGGUUCAGAUGUCCCUUUGUUGCGGCCUCAGGAGCUGAGGCUCGCGAUCAUGGCUUCUGAGAGAUUGCUGAUUCUGCAGCCGCACAAUUGGGUUUUCAGGAGAGACUAUGGCAUGAUGUUGUACUAUAGUAGGGACUACGAGGCAGCAGUGCAACAACUUAGCAUCUGCAUGGCCUUUGCCCCGGAAGAAGAGGCUGAAGUUCUAGAUCCAUUUGUUGGGAAACUACAUCUGAUGCGACUAGAAUCAUCGUGGAAAUCUCCCGGGCAGCAAGGCCGGUUAAUCGUUCCUUGAGUCUCGUCCAUUUUCUGUAGAAAAUGGCACAUAACUGCUUCUCUAGUCACAUAUCUGCUUCUCUAGUUUUGUACCUUAACCUCAUCUAUAGUAGAAACUUAGCCUUUAAAACUAUCUUGUUUUGGAGUUGUGUAAAUAUUUCCCUUGAACCGAGCAUGACUUUCACGGUUUCAAGAACUGGAUCCACGUAUAUAUACUAAGCUUAAGCAGGUAAUUGUCCUCGAA